UUUACACGUCUCUAGGACAUUUGCGGCAUGCACACAUCUCUAGCCAUUGGAAAAAAUAAAAUUGUCGGAGUUUUUAUGUGCUUGCGAAGUAGUAAUUCAUCUUUAUUUAACUAUGUCGGUACACUAUAAAUUCAAGAGUACCCUCAAUUUUGAUACAAUAACGUUUGAUGGACUUCACAUUUCCGUUGGUGACUUGAAAAGAGAGAUUGUGCAGCAGAAGCGACUGGGAAAAGUAAUCGACUUUGAUCUUCAAAUCACAAAUGCUCAGAGUAAAGAAGAAUAUAAGGAUGAUGGAGUACUUAUUCCGAAAAACACCACCUUGAUUAUUUCGCGCAUUCCAAUUGCCCACCCCACAAAGAAAGGUUGGGAGCCACCGGCAGCAGAUAAUGCCUUUGCAGCGGCGCCAACCAAGCAGGACAACUUCAACAUGGAUUUGUCCAAAAUGCAAGGAAGCGAGGAGGACAAAAUCCAAGCCAUGAUGAUGCAAAGCACGGUUGACUAUGAUCCCAAGACGUACCACCGCAUUAAGGGGCAAUCUCAAGUGGGUGAAGUCCCAGCAUCCUACCGAUGCAACAAAUGCAAAAAGAGCGGUCACUGGAUAAAAAACUGCCCCUUUAUUUUGGGAAAGGAUCAGCAGGAGGUCAAAAGAAACACUGGAAUUCCGCGGUCUUUUAGGGACAAGCCUGAAACUUCAGAGAACGAAUCCUCCGAUUUCGUUCUGCCUGCUGUACAAAACCAGGAAAUUCCUGAGGAUCUAAUAUGCGGAAUUUGCCGCGACCUAUUCGUAGAUGCAGUCAUGAUACCCUGCUGUGGAAGUUCCUUUUGCGACGACUGUGUUCGCACUUCGCUACUGGAGUCUGAGGAUAGCGAGUGUCCCGAUUGCAAAGAGAAAAACUGCUCACCUGGCUCUUUGAUUCCUAAUCGAUUUUUGAGGAAUUCUGUUAAUGCCUUCAAAAACGAGACUGGAUACAAAAUAAGUGCGAUUAAAUCAGCUGCUGUGAAAAAUGAGGAUAAACCUCUUGUUGAAAAGGAUGUCGAGGAAAAGCCGGUGAUCGCCGAAGAGGAACCCGAAGAGAAAGAGGAAACAAACGAAAAACAGGAAGAAUCGGGAACUAAUGGCAACAAUCUGCCGAAAUCAGAGUCCCCAGAACCUCCACCAAACGUAGAGCCAUCACAAAAGGAGAAAGAUAAAUUUGACUCAGACUAUGAAGAUAACAUAACCAUCAAAAUGCCCCCAUUUUCUGCAGAUUCUACGUCAGUUCCAAGCAAGAGAUCUCCGACUUAUUCCCAAAAGACGAGUGAAUCCUCUCACCGACGAGAAGGACCGGAUUACGAUUUGGAACGAGAUCACAAGCAUCACGUGUCAUCAAAGUCGGAGACUGGCCACAAGGAACGAAGUCUCCUGCCCACGCCCAUUGGUACAGUGCCCAGCUAUCCGGGACACAUGAUUGGGGAAUCGGAGGAGGCUCGCCGAUCGAGUGCCUAUAAGCCACCGUACAUGCAAAUGCAACGGGGUCCGCCUCCGAUGCACAUGAUGAGUCACCACAUGCCGCCCUACAACAACGGGUAUAACAACAUGGGACAGAGGCCUCCUUUAAGCUAUGUGCCGUACCAAAACCAAUCCGUACACCCAAUGCGUACGCCGUACGGAACUUCAGGCGGAAGUAUGAAUAUGAAUAUGUCACAACCCUUUCAGUCCCCAAAUUUAGCCUCGAUAUAUCAGGGCGUAGCGGCCAAGGUCGGUUCCGGUCUGAUUGACGACCCGCUGGAGGCCUUCAAUCGCAUCAUGAAGGAGAAGGAGCGGAAGAAGGUAGAUCGAUUUCGUAGUUCAGAUCACCACAGGUCGAGGUCUCCUGACAGGCAGCGGCACCGCUUCAAGUCUCCCAUGUACGAAAAGGAUGGCCCCAGGGACAGCCUCAAGGACAAGAGACCGCGGUCCCGGGAAAGAAAGAGAGAAUAUAGCUAUGAGCGGCAUAUGCGACAUCCUCGUUCUAGUCGCCAGACCAGCGAUGGCUCCAGAUCACCAGGCAGCAGAGGCAAAAGAUCCAGUCAUCGCCGCUCUGCGUCUCCUAAGCCGGCCUAUAAGAGUGAUUACAGAGACAAGCCGAGGUUUGCUCCAAAACCAGACCCAGUUGAGCCUCCUCCGCCCGGAUUCGAACCGUUGCAGCUGACGGAUGACGAAGGCUAUAAGAACAAGCACCAAGCCAGCUCAGAAGUAUUACAUAGUAGCGGCAGCAAGGGCGGAAGCUUAAAGAAGAGUGAGGAUGGCAGACACGAAGAGGCGCCUCGUAAACGCCACAGGUCCCGCAGCAAGAGCAAGGACUCCAAGGCGAUCGACGGCAACUUCAGAAGCUUGACGCCGCCGGCGAAGAUCACCACUCCGAAAAUGACGGCUGUUCAGUUGCGAGAGCGCGAGUGCUCACCGAAAACGCCGGAAAGGGCCCACGAUGAUUGUCUUGAGGCUAAGGCUAGAGUAGUUGCACCGCAGCCUGCCAUUAACGAUUCGGAUUUGGGGGCCAAUGUAGGAAAGGAAAACAAGGCAAAAAGUCCUUUAUCAAAGGAGCGCAAAAAAAAGAAGGACAAGGCUGAACGAAAGAAAAGUAAGAAGGACAAGCGGGCUAAGAAGGAAAAGAGUGAACGUCAGAAAAAGAGUUCCUCGGUGAAUCGAUCUGAUUCAGAUAUAAACAACAGAUCACUGGUAAAUGAUACAAACUAUAGGGUCUUGUUGUCUCCGAAGGCAAGUUCUAACUUUGAAAUUGAAUCAGCUGCAAUAUCCCCCGCCCACAACACUUCUGAAAACCUUAAUCCCAAAAAGAGCCAUGAGCACUUAAGUGGGGAUUUUGUCACUGACGACAAACUUGGUCCGAGAAGCAAACGCAGCGAGGCUAAUUCCAUCAAUUUGUCUAAAUGGGAACUGGAGGAGAACAACUUAGGCUUGGAAGACUCUUCCAAAAAAUCUGGAGCGGCUUUGGAUGACCAGUCCGAGAUAACAUCGGAUGUGCUGCGAAAAGCCGAAAAUGCAAUAUUUGCGAAGGCUAUAAACGCCAUAAGGCCGGUGGAGUUUCAAGUUAUCAUCAACUCCAAGGGCAACAGCAAGGAACGUUCUGUAAUCAGAAACGACAAGGAUCGCACGCCUUCACCACGGCGUACCAGCAGCAGGUCGGUCAAGGAGAGGCUGGGCAUCAAGGUUCGGAGUGAAAGAAGCCGUUCCCCGGACAGGUCGAAAGCCCGGCGAAGGGAAGCGACAACAAAGAGCUCCGACGACGAUGCAAACCGGGGCAGAAGCGAUCGGCAUGGCAGCCGGAAAAGGGACAACAGGUCUCGGGACAGGAACACGGGAUCCGACAAAAGACAGGAGCGUUCUUACAAGCGGAAUACACCGGAGGACGACAAGCACGGACGGCGUCAAUAUAAAGAGCGUUCCGACCCCAAGCUCGCCAAAUAUGAUCAAAUCAAUAGCGAAGACUCGGAACGUAGGGGGGACCGAAGGAACGCGAAGUCCAGCGAAAGCCGAGUGGUGUCUUCCGUUACUGCUGUGGCAGCUGCUCCCAAGCCCUGUCGACCCGACAACCCGUUCAGGAAGUUCGUCGACAACAGUUCGUCGAGCAGUUUAGUUGUAAAAUAUGAUAACACGAUACAAAAUGAGGCUGUGUCCUCGGACAACAGCCUGGAACAUAGGAAGCAAAAAGAUAAGAAACUGAAGAAACAAUCUAAAUAUUCGUCAACCGAGUCCUUGAGAAGUGAAAAACGCAAGGAACUAAAAAGCAAGAAAAAGAGCAAGAUUUUGAAGAAGAAGAAAAAAUCAAAGAAGUAGGUUACGCUAGGAUAUGGAUUAAGGAAAUUAUAAAUAUUGAAGAUUUUUCUGUGUACAAAUCAAAGAUUUUUAAUGUAUGUAUUUAUCAUGCAACUAAGUAUGUAUACAAAUAAAACAGACCUACUCAAGGAAUAUAAAA